AUGGCGGAAGGAAGUCCUGGCGAUGACCCUGGAGGUGGACUAGUACAGGAUAUGGGAAGACAUCUCUGGCUGACUGAUUUUUGGAAGGCCCUCCCUUCCUCGGUGUCGGCAGUGUCCAUUGGAGACAUUAUGGAGGAGGGGGGAAGUGAGUGGGAAUCACCUGCUCAAAAAUCGUUUGCCAAGACAGUAGAUACAGUUUUGCCAGUGGUGGAUGAUCUACCUGAGCCCGUUCAUGCCGGAAACUCAACAAAAGUGAUCAUACCUCAGGAGGAGUAUGAGGAUCACUUACACAAGUACAAAUUUUCCCUGAUUGGACGUAUCAAUUUUUGUUUUAUCUCACUGGAUGACGUUCGCAGAGAAGCUAGGGAGAUUUGGAAAUUAAAAGGAAAGGUGAAGAUGGUGCCGAUGGGAAAAGGUUUCACCAUCUUCCAGUUCGAUUCUGAAAAGGAUAUGGCUCUAAUGUGGAGGCGAAGCCCUGUAAAGGUUGGAAGGCAAUAUGUUCGCUUUCAGCGAUGGCAUCCGGAUUUUAGUAUCCAUGAAAAACAAAUCAACAAGGCCCUAGUUUGGGUGCGGUUUCCUGAUCUGCCAUUAGAAUAUUGGUAUGAGAAGUUUAAGCAACAAGUGCUUUAUGAGGACUCUCUGGGGCAAUGCGGCUUCUGCAAAAAGCUGGGGCAUCAAGUGCAUGCAUGCCGUGAAAAGAAGGCUCAUGAUGAGAAGCAAAAUUCUCUGGACAAGGCGGGCCUUCCUGGAGCGGUGUAUGAAGAAGAUAGAGUCGACUCGGGUAGGGGUGACUCACUGGGUCAAAAUGAUACCUCUAUGGAAAGAUUUGAACAUGAUUUAAUGCCAAAAAAUUCAAAUGUUCAGCAGCAGUUUCAAAACGCUGAAGGGGGAGGGAUUGAAACCGUGCCUACCACCAUUAGUUCCUCUCGGUUUCCUUCUAUGGAGAGGGGAGAGAUCCUAAUUGAUUUGAUUGCUUCAAAUCACAAUCCUUCCCACACCAAUUCGGGUAAGCAAAUAUUAUCACAGGAUAAGGAGGCGGGUGGCAUGGAAACCGUUCCAAAGGAGUCGGCGCAGGAAGGAGAGGAAUCCAAUGCGGAUUCUUCGGAUGAUGAUGACUCAGAUUCGACUAAGGAUGAUGUGGACCGGUAUGGUUCAGAGAUGGAAUCGGACCCAGACCAACUUGAUGCGGUUGAUGGAGGAGAACCAAACCAGAUUGGGAUUCACUCUAACGAUGAACCAGCCGUGAUGCCACCUGAGGACGACUGA